AUGCCCACAAAACGCAUACUAGUGCUCAUCUGUCUGUGCGCUACACUCGAGUCGAUGUUCACUGGACUCGAGACGUCACUACAGACUAACAUCGAAGAGUUUGUGGAGAGAUGUGGGUUACGUAUGAACUCAGAUGCCAGAGCUCACCUCAGCUCCAGUAUCUCAGGGGCCAUGACUGUCAGUCAGGCCCUGGCUAUACCUCUGUCGACAUACAUAUCCCCUAAAAUUAUCCUCUUUAUCGGCGCUAUUUGGGCAGGUAGCAUAAUUUAUGGGUUAGGUAUUGGACCCAUGUACGGUACUAAUUACCAGUUGAUUGAACAGAUUACCCCGCUAACUGAUCUAGUAGCUGUAUUGUUUGUCUUAUGUCCCGGUGCUGUUGAGGUACUAAUACAGAUAAUAUUGGGUAUGGUGAUGGAAAGACACGAAAUAAUUGGCGAUAAAUAUGUGGUAAAACUCGUGGACCACGUGUUGGACGCCAACGAAGCCAUUGAGUGGGUGUCUGACCCCACGUGCGGAGCCGUAGCCCUGUUUAUGGGGGUCACGCGUCGCACGGAAUCGGGUGACCCCGAGCACCGGCACGUCCAGUGCCUCGUCUACGAGGCCUACCACUCAAUGGCCAUCAAACAGAUGCAGACAAUUGUCGAGCAGAAUAUAGCCUCCUAUGGGGCCCACGAUAUACGCAAGUGUUAUAUGAGUCACCGCUUGGGACGGGUAGGUGUGGGCGAGGCGUCGCUACUGAUUGCCUGUUCCGGAGCCCAUCGGCGGCCGGCCCACCAACUGGUUCUCAAACUGGUCGAUGAUAUCAAAGCCGUGGUUCCCAUCUGGAAGCGCAUCCAUUACACCACCGAUGAUGGCGUCCACACCACCACUGAAUGGAGUGAUAAGAGUGAGGCCUUUUGGAUCAGUCGCCAGUCGGACACCAGGGAUGCCUACACUGCCAACACUUCUUAA